CGUUAAUUUUCACAUUAACACACUGAAAUUCAGCCAAGGAGAAAGGCGAUGGCUGGGAACGAAUUCCGAUUCUUCUUGUCGUGUGACAUUAAUUUGCCGGUGACUUUCAAAAUUGAGAGAUUGGAGGGCAAAUUAUCUGCUCGGAAACCCCCCGAUUCAGCUGAUGAUAGCACCAUAGAGGAGAAGAAACCUGAGUUGUACGUUGAGAGCUUGUUGUACAUCGAUGGCGCACCUUUUGGGCUCCCUAUGAGAACAAGGCUGGAAUCAGGAGGCCCGUCGUAUUGUUGGAAUGAGCUCAUCACUCUGAGUACUAAGUAUCGUGAUUUGACAGCAAAUUCACAACUUGCUGUUACUGUGUAUGAUGUUUCAUGUGGGAAAGAUGAGGAAUUGGUUGGGGGGGCGACUAUUCACCUUUUCAACAUGAAAAAACAGCUCAAGACUGGGAAACAUAAACUUAGACUAUGGGCGGGCGAAGAAGCAGAUGGCUCUAUCAAUACAAACACACCAGGAAAGGUUCCUAAAGAGGAGAGAGGGGAGCUAGAACGCCUUGAAAAACUAGUGAAUAAGUACGAGAGAGGGCAAAUUCAAAGAGUUGAUUGGCUUGACCGGCUUGCAUUCAAAGCUAUGGAGAGGAUUAAGGAACGCGAGAGCUUGAAAAAUGGGAGUUCUCAUUUGUAUGUCAUCAUUGAUUUCUGCAGCUUCGAGCACCGCGUAGUUUUCCAGGAAUCUGGUGCAAAUUUCAUAAUACCAUCCCCAAUAGCUUCGACAAAUGAACUAGUUACAGUUUGGGAUCCUGAAGUUGGAAAAAUUAACCCCUCCGAGCACAAGCAGCUAAAGCUGGCUAGAAGUUUAAAUCGUGGCAUCAUUGACAGAGAUCUUAAACCUAGCAUUACAGAAAGGAAGUCCAUACAAAGAAUACUAAGAUAUCCACCAACUAGAACCUUGACUGGAGAGGAGAAGCAACUACUCUGGAAAUUUCGUUUUUCGCUGAUGGCUGAGAAAAGGGCCCUGACAAAAUUCUUACGCUGUGUCGAAUGGAGUGAUGUUCAGGAAGCAAAGCAAGCAUUAGAACUGAUGGGCAAGUGGCAGACAAUUGAUGUAUGUGAUGCACUAGAGCUUCUAUCUCCAGUUUUUGAGAGUGAAGAGGUCCGUGCAUAUGCUGUGAGUGUUCUUGAAAGAGCGGAUGAUGAAGAGCUCCAGUGCUACCUACUCCAGUUGGUUCAAGCACUUCGUUUCGAACGUUCAGACAAAUCUCGCCUUAGUUAUUUCCUCGUGGAACGGUCAUUGUGCAAUACUGACUUGGCUAGCUUUCUUCGAUGGUAUGUGGCUGUGGAACUCCACGACCAUCCAUAUGCUAGACGUUUCUAUAGCACCUAUGAGCUGUUAGAAGAAAGUAUGUUGAAGUUAGGACCAAGUGCCAAUAGCGAUGAAGAUGGUUUCAAGCUUUGGCAGAGUUUAGUACGCCAGACAGAACUGACUGCGCAAUUGUGCUCUAUAACGAGAGAUGUUAGAAAUGUGAGAGGUGGUACUCAAAAGAAAAUCGAAAAGCUUAGGCAGCUCCUAUCUGGGCUUCUUAGCGAGCUUACCUACUUUGACGAGCCAAUACGGUCGCCUCUUGCACCAAGGGUCCUUAUAACAGGGAUUAUACCAUCAGAAUCAUCAAUCUUCAAAAGCGCGCUGCAUCCUCUGCGGCUGACAUUUCGAACAGCAAGUGGAGGAAGCUGCAAGAUCAUAUUUAAGAAGGGUGAUGACCUUAGGCAAGACCAAUUGGUUAUUCAAAUGGUAUCACUAAUGGAUCGACUGCUCAAGCUGGAGAACCUCGACUUGCAUUUGACUCCUUACAGAGUGCUAGCAACUGGGCAUGACGAAGGCAUGCUGGAAUUCAUUCCUUCAAAAUCUUUAGCACAGAUUCUGUCAGAGCACCGUAGUAUAACAAGCUACCUGCAGAAAUUUUACCCAGACGAAGACGGGCCUUUCGGAAUAACUGCAACAUGUCUUGAGACGUUCAUAAAAAGUUGUGCUGGCUACUCAGUUAUCACAUAUAUACUGGGCAUUGGUGACAGGCACCUCGACAACCUGCUGUUGCAAGAUGACGGCCGCCUUUUCCACGUAGAUUUUGGUUUCAUACUUGGCCGAGAUCCAAAACCUUUCCCACCACCUAUGAAACUCUGCAAGGAAAUGGUGGAAGCUAUGGGCGGAGCGGAGAGUCAAUACUACACCAGAUUUAAAUCCUACUGCUGCGAGGCAUACAACAUUCUCCGAAAAUCAAGCAACCUGAUACUAAAUUUGUUUCACCUGAUGGCCGGUUCCAACAUUCCAGACAUUGCUUCUGACCCCGAGAAGGGCAUUCUCAAGCUUCAAGAAAAAUUCCGCUUGGACUUAGACGACGAGGAGUCGAUCCACUUCUUCCAGGAUCUCAUCAAUGAGAGCGUCAGCGCACUGUUUCCACAAAUGGUCGAGACCAUCCACCGCUGGGCUCAAUAUUGGCGCUAGGGGUGUCGAAACGGGUAGCGGGUAACGGGUAUUCCCGAACCCGACCCGAUACCCGCCGGGUAACGGGUACCCGAUACCCGAUGGAGUCGGGUAACGGGGCGGGAUCGGGUAUAACUAUUUUGGGUUUUGCGGGUAUCGGGUAUACCCGAUACCCGAGCUACCCGAUACCCGCUCGGGUAGUCCCGUUAGUCCCGACAUACCCGAUAUGUAUAUUAAUAUUUUAUAAUUUUUUAUUUUUAAUUUUAAUACUUGCUGAC